AUGUAAGGACUCUAUAUGGGCUCUUGGAUACCCCAUAAGGGGAGAAGGGCAGUUUUUGUUUACAACAAUACCCCGCCCAUCAGGGUGGCUUUCCCCAAAACGAGCCUUCCUGCCAACUGAGUUUCUUUGAACCCCGGGCCGGAGAUGCAACAGGCAGCGCUGCUUGAGAAGAAGGAGAAGCUGCCCCUGUUGAAUGGCUGCCUGGCGGUCCCUCCCGCGCCUCCCCUCCCAACGUUGGGAAGUCCCUGCCUCCUCCUCCUCCGCGCGGGUUGCAUCUCCCCAUUUCUCUUCUCCUCCCCUUCCCUUUCAUUUUCGCUUUGAUGCAUGACUUGCCCCGGCCGCUCCCAGCCUCCCGCGCCCUCUUUGCAACUUCGCCUCCCGGGUGUUUUUUAGGGGUUCGGCCCUUCGCUGUUGCAACCCCAAAAAGCCGCCACUCGCCACUCCGGUUUUGCGCAGCCUGAACCCGACGCCAUGGCUACUUUGGAGGUUUCCCCGGAGUGCGAGGCGAAGGUGAACUCCUUCAAGAAGGAGCUGUGUACCCAGGCUGAAGAACUUGUUGCCAGACGCUUCCCAGAAAAGAUUGUGGAGCUCAGUAAUUUUCUCAAGUCCCCCGAACUGAAUGUCUCGGACCUGAUUUCGCUUCGCGUCGAGUUGGACAUCCCUAUCCCUGACCCCAAGAAGGACGAGGAGCGUCGCAAGCAGCGGGAGAAAGAAGAGAAGGAUUCCAAAAAGGAAGAGAAGGACUCGAAAAAGUUGGAGGAUGAGGAUAAAGCGCCCCCCUGCGGUCCAGUUUGCCACAACGAAAAGAUCACCGCCCUGCUGAACCGCGUGAAGCCCGAAAUCCAGGGAACGAAGGAGAAGCUGAACUUGAUCUCGCUGUGGCUACAACUCCUGGUCCCGCGCAUUGAGGACGGCAAUAAUUUCGGGGUUGCAGUCCAGGAAAAAGUGUACGAACUGCUGACCUCGGCUCGGACAAAGCUGGAAACUUUCCAGACUCAGAUUGCCAAGUAUUACUCUGAACGGGGCGACGCAGUGUCAAAGGCAGCCAAAAGUCCACACGUGGGCGACUACCGCCAACUCGUGCACGAAAUCGACGAGGCGGAAUAUGCCGAAAUCCGAUACAUGAUCAACGAGCUGAGAAACAUCUAUGCUGUGGUCUAUGACAUCACCCUGAAGAACUACGAGAAGAUUAAGAAGCCUCGCGAUGACAACAAAGGAAUGAUUUACUAAGCCAACUCACCAGGAUCAGGCUGGAAGAAGAAAAAACAACAACUCCUUUCACCAAGAACAGCCUUGAUUUCAGACAAGCUGUUCUGGGUUUGUUGUUUUUUUAAAUGCUCUAAAUGAUAUCCAGUUAACUGGAACCAACCAGCUGCCAACCAGCUUCAUUCACUUUCGAAAUAAAGAGGUUUUCAAAUUUGA